GAAUAAUAACAAGUGCCAAUGAUGAAGAACACACUUUCUUGUUGUUUUGAGGUUGCCGCAAAACUCGCUGUCCCCUUCUCUUUAAAGCUUAACAAUUACCAAAACAAAACUGCCCAAAAAUUAAUCUUAUUCCACCCGAAUAAUAAGCAUUACACCUCAUCCCCAAACAAAAAUAUUUAAGAAUUUUGGAGAGAGAGGGAGAGAUAUUUGGGGGAUGAUUGUCGUUUAAUACUUGUAAAUUGUCGGUUAGAAAUGAAGAAGGGAGACAAAUAGUUUUGUGGGGUGGUGGAAUUUCGGGUUUAAACAUUUAUGAAAUGUCCAUCUUGGAUUAUUGUCGUUGUGAUUGUCGCUUUGGGAUCUCCCGGAAAAUUUGGAUUCUGGGGGCCGGUAUUUUCAUGACCGGAUUUGAAGAUUCUUUUUCUUUGGUUUCUCUGAGGAAUCUGUUUGAGGAAUCUUGAUGAUGAUGAGGAGGAGAAACGGAGAAAUGGGCGUUUGAUUUUUGUAAAGAUCGAAUUUUAUCCAUAUUUCUUCAGCUCAGUUUUCUCUUGGCCAUUAGGAGUUGACAAAGGCCCUUUAGCUGAUACAGAAAUCUGUCAUUAUCAAGAGGUUCCGUGAGAGAUUUCUGACAGUUGCAACAACAGAUUGUUUAUGGAGGAUUCUGUAUACAUGGUGACAAUGCGUUUCUUGAGUCUUGUUGGGAAUUCUUUUGGGUGCUCUGCAUCGGGGGAGCGUCUCGUCUCCGCAGCCAGAGAUGGUGAUCUUCAAGAAGCCAAGGCUUUGUUGGACUACAACCCUCGCCUUGCAAGGUAUUCAACCUUUGGUGUUCGCAAUUCCCCCUUGCAUUACUCUGCAGCUCAGGGUCACCAUGAGAUUGUUUCACUCUUGCUAGAGUCUGGUGUUGAUAUUAAUCUCAGGAACUAUAGGGGACAGACAGCACUGAUGCAGGCUUGUCAAUAUGGUCACUGGGAGGUUGUUCAGAUUCUGAUACUCUUUAAAGCAAAUAUUCACAGAGCAGAUUAUCUAAAUGGAGGAACUGCUCUCCACUUAGCUGCUCUAAACGGACAUUCCCGCUGCAUCCGUCUUCUCCUUGCUGAUUACAUUCCCAGCAUCCCUAACUUCUGCAGCAUUUUGAGGAAAAAGUCUAAGAAUGAUGAAUCUGUUUCAGAGUUUGAUGAAGGUUCACUCCGCGAAGUAAUCAGCCGGCCUGCUGAUGGAGGCAUCACCGCCCUUCAUAUGGCAGCUCUAAACGGACAUGCUGACACUGUUCAUCUCCUUCUGGACAUAGGGGCUUCAGCAUCUGACGUGACAGUGGAGGAUGGGACUACAAUCGAUCUAAUAGGUGCUGGUAGUACACCACUCCAUUAUGCUGCAUGCGGUGGUAAUGCACAGUGUUGUCAGCUCUUGAUUGCCAAGGGUGCCAGUCUUAACGCAGAGAACACCAACGGAUGGACUCCGUUGAUGGUUGCUCGUUCGUGGCAUAGAGACUGGCUUGAGGAGAUUCUAAGCCAACGACCAGCAGGGCGACUAAGACUCAGUCCUUCGCCAUAUCUCUGUCUUCCUCUCAUGAGCAUUGUGGAGAUUGCAAGAGAAUGCGGAUGGAGAUGCAAUGAUUCACCAUCUACAUGUUUAGAUCCAUGUGUUGUUUGCUUAGAGAGAAAAUGCACAGUUGCUGCAGAAGGUUGUUUCCAUGAGUUCUGCACCCAAUGUGCUCUCUACCUAUGUUCUACAAACAGCACGUCGACAGUGGCUCACGGGCCGCCCGGCUCAAUCGCAUGCCCCCUAUGCCGGCACGGCAUUGUCUCGUUCGGUAAGCUUGCAGGGACAAGGCCAAUAACCAAAGAGAUAGCAAGAACUAGUUUGUCCUUGUCUUUCUGCACUUGUUCCACUGAUCCUAACUCUUUGGAGACACCAUUCUGCAAGCCCGAUUUGCCCUCUCCGCUCGGUUCUUCUUUCCGAUCCCUCAGCUGCAAAAAGUUCCCCUCGGUGAAACUCAGCCCGGGCCUCUGCAUGGGAGCCCCGGACACGAGCCCUUGUUUGGUUCCCCGGACCACUGACCGCAGCCAGCUGGUCCGAUGUUCGAGGACGUCGAGCUUGAGGCGCUCCACGUCCCAGAGCGAUGCUAGGAGAUGGUUGUGUUCGUUCAAUUAUUCUAUGGGAGCUGACAGCAGCUGCUGAUUUCAUCAACCACUCUUGGAAUUACUGAUCAACAACUACUUGUCCAAUUAUUUCUAAGCAGUACAUAUUUUCUUCAAAGAAAUUAUCUUGGAUGAAAUUGUUAUUGCAUAAUUGUUUCAACAUUGUUUUGGGUAAAUAUAUGUAAUUUGCCAUUAUUUGUACAAAUAAGAUCAUUUGAGAUUAAAUUUUUUUCCUUUACUAUUAA